AUGCAGAAACUGCUACAACGUCCAACGUGUUCACUCCCAAUCCCUAUUCUAUCUUCUUCUUCUUCUCAUAACCCUCUCUUUCUUCAUCUUCCAACAACAACAAUGUCUACAACAACAACAACAACACCAAACAGCAAUAACACUCUCCUUCUCAAACAUUCCUCUUCUCGUUACUCCAACCCCUCCUAUCUCCGCACAUCUUUCUCUCCAACUCUAACCCUAACACCCACCAAAACCCUUCUUAACCGCUCUCUUUAUUCAAAUUCCUCUUUACAUCAUUCAUCCUCCCACCCUACAACCGGGGUACAUGAUUCUUCUUCUUCUUCUUCCUCUUCCUCUACCACCGCCUUCAAACUAAAUAGGAGGCAAAAGGUUUCUUCUUCUCCAUCCUCUAAUCCUGAUUUGUUGGCUAUUCCCGGUGUGGGUCCCAGAAAUUUCAGAAAACUCCUCAACAAAGGUAUCCAAGGUGUCGCCCAACUCAAACAACUCUAUAAAGAUAAGUUCUUUGGGAAAUCUAGUGACCACAUGGUGGAGUAUCUAUAG